AAAAAUUUAAUUUGCACUUUUUUGUUUAGUAUUUUAGGUUUUGUUUACAUGUGAAAAGGGAGAAAGAUGAUUUAAUAGUUUCAUGAAGCUUUAUUGUUGAUGUUACGGAGUAAAUGUUAAAAGUUUUGUAUUACCAAUUCGAAGUUUGUGCCCCCCCCCUUAGACAAGUCCCUGAAAUAACUGCUUUUUCAGUUACUCAGUUUAGACAUGCAGGCUCUGGAAACAACAUGCAGGGAUGUGGGCCCGUAAUGCUGACAAGGGAACAAAAAAAAUUCCAUAACAGACUUGCCCCAUAUCUCUGGAUGAGCAAGCUGCUCUCUGCCCUUGGUGGAAACACGGUUUCGGGUAGCAGAGUGAUGCAGCUUUUCUCCACUGCGGGGUCUCGGGCUGUGUUUUUUUACAAUACCACCUCCAGCGCUCACAGCUGGCAGAAGUAAACAAACACCGGACCCCUGUUUCCUAGUCAUGUUCCAUUACAUUCCUUUGAGGCGUUUACAGUAACACCAAUCGUCUUCUAAAACAACGGAUUACAACUAUAACCUCAGAAGAUUAGAUCAAUAACGACUGACUGUCAGAUCAAGAUUUACAGUCAGGUUUCCUUGUCUUUUAUGUUUGUUUUUGUCUUGAAUUGAACAUAAAAUGUGUUUCUUUAAAAAAUGUCAGCCCUUCUGCACAUUUUUUGUUCCGUUUCUUUCUAUAAUAUCACCUUCCCUUUAAUUAACUGCUAAUUUCACUGAUUUGUUAAUGAAACUAACUGUUUUUGACUCUAUCUUUCCUCAUAAUGAAUCGCUACCCCUGACUAAGAAAAUCACUUUAUUUUUACUAACCCUCUCUCUAACAUCCUCCUUCAUAUUUCUCAGGAACUAAUGAAACCACCCCCAUGAAACCAAACGCAACCUCUCCACCUAUUAAGGUUUAUGUUAACAGAAAGCAAGUGUUUAACCUUGGGAGCAGCGUUAACCUGACAUGCAGCAGUAGGACAUGGAAGGACACCCUCUAUGUUAUUUGGAAUUUAGACUUGAAACACAAAACCUGUCGGAUCUCUUAUUGCAAUGAGGGGGAAAAUGUUGACACUUGCAAUGAUGGCAAGCUUCUGCAGAACACUACGGCUGGUCAGUCGUACCUACACAUCCCAAAUAUUUCAGCUGAUGAUGUGGGUCUCUACUGGUGUGAGUCAGUAUACGUAGGAGGAAAUGAUAAUUAUAAGAUCAACGUGACUAUCACAGUUCCUCCCACUUUAUCUGCCUGGUUGGAACGAAGGGGCAACGAGAUGCUUGCAAUGUGCAGAGCUGAAGGAGGAUAUCCUGCUGCCAACAUCAGCUGGAGUCUUACGGGAAACUCUGAGUCUGUGAAAACGCUGCCUGGCUCAGAUGGAUUUGUUACAGUAGAAAGUGAGCUGGAGCUUCUUGAAGGCAUGAAUCCAGAAAACCUGAGCUGUAUCGUCAGACACCAGUCCUGGGAUCAGGAGAGGAGUUUGGUGCCACAACCCAGAGAAGGUCAGGAUUCUGCAAGAGAAUAUAAACUUUGGAUCUUCCUGCUUGUUAUCGGGGUGCUUUUUGUUCUGUUGGCUGCCUUUAUUGUUCUUGUACUCAAGAAAGUAAAACUAUCAAGACGCUGUCAACAUGUCGACACGCCAAACAAGUCUCCAACAAUAGAGGAUGUGGAGGAAGUCGAGCCCUACGCCAGCUAUGUACAACGUGUCAACUCAAUCUACAAUUAACCUGCAGAUAUGCUUGCAACAAAAAAAAGAGAAAAAGAAAAAAAAUUCCUCCGCAUGCAGUACAGUCACACCUAAACGCAUGUCUUGGGAGUUUGUGAGAAACCGUGAAACUGAGAAAUGGUGAAAUGGUAAUGAGAACGAAGGGUAAGAUCAAAGGUUUCUGAAGAGAGGGAAGCCUCUCGAUUCAGAGUCAACAGCGGAGACUGAUGGAACAGGGGAUGUACCAGAUGUUACACUCAGGUUGCUGUAGCUGCCCACUGCUGUCUGAGUGGGCCUCAUGAGGAACAUUAAUUAUUACUUCAAAUGCACUGGAAAGAACUGCACUCUACACCAAAUGCAAGACGACUACAGAACUUGGAUUUCUAACCGUAAUUAUCUUUAUUUAUCAGAAGACACUGGUCUUCUAACAGACUGUAAAACCAGAGUUCUUCAAAAUAAUGAAGUAAUGAUAUGUGUUAAUUUUAUUUUUGACUGAGUAAAUUAUGCUAAUUAAAUUCAUUUUAAAAGCUGAUGUGAAGUUUUAUUUAUUUAUGGUUUCACAUCAGUGAGAUAACGCCAAAAAUAUCUUUUACAGCCUACUGCUGAUGAACUGAAACAUUCAGGUGGUAGAAAACCGAUGGCCCCUUAUCACUUGUUCACCAUGCAAUUUUAAAUUUUUUUUUGUGAACUUCACAAUAAACACCUGUUCUGAGAAUACAGACACUGGAAAAAGUGCACUCUCCCAUCUACUGGUGGAUUUCAGAACUUCAUUCUCAAUACUUUUACAGAUUUUCCACACUUUUUAAUUUUGUAAAUUACUUUCUAAAAUGUAUGCAAAACAUUAAAAACAUUGAAAAAAUA